AUGAUGGCCGGCGACGUCCUCCGCGAAAACAAAGAAUGGCUCAACGUCGCAAGCAACUACGCCGUGAACGUGGGAGUCACCAUUCUCCUACUACGUCCGGUCCCCAAAUACCUCCGUCCCAUCGUGGCGCCCUUCUUCCCCAGUGUCCGGACGAUGAAGAAACAGUUGCGCUUUGCGAAAGACCUCUUUAUUCCGAUGAUCCACGAGCGCAGACUGGCAGAGCAGGCUAAAGACCCUAAUUAUAUCAAACCAGAUGACUUCUUGCAGUGGAUGAUGGAUCUGGGCAGCGAGAGGGAUGAGGACCUCGAACCGGAUACUUUAGCGCAUCACAUGCUGCUCUUGGUGACACUGGCUGUUACUCACACAAGUACGAUGGCACUGUGCCACUGUCUCUUUGAUUUAGUUACUAAACCCGAGUACAUUGAGCCGCUGAGGGAUGAAAUGAGCCGGACUCUACCUGAUGGUUGGUAUAAUGCGACCCAGGAAGCGCUUAAGGAGCAGUCCCGUCUUGACAGCUUCUUGCGCGAGUCCCAGCGCUUCGCUCCGCCAGGUGAAUUGAACUUCCACCGCAUCGUCAAAGAAGCCAUCACGCUCCACGAUGGACUCGUUCUUCCAGCAGAAACACACAUAUGUUUCGCUGCCGGUCCGAUUAGCAAAGAUGCUGCCUUCAUCAAAGACCCAAAUGCCUUCGACGGCUUUCGCUGGUGUCACAACCCUCGGGACCGCUUUGCCCUGACUCCUGAGCUGGCAAAACUCGACGCUAUGCUGAAUGAUGUUGAGAAACACGCGUCUUCCGCCUAUUUCGUUUCCAUCACCAGCACUAAUAUGCAUUUCGGCUUCGGGAUCCAGGCGUGUCCCGGUCGGUUCUUCGCGGCGAAUACUUUGAAGGCGAUCUUGAGUCGCAUAAUCCUUGACUAUGAGUUUAAGUUUGUCAAGGAUCUGAAGGGGAAGAGACCUGGUAAUCUUGUAGUUGGAGAGCAUAUUCUUCCGAACAUGAGUACUGAGAUGCUGUUUCGGAAAAGGCCUAUUGAGCUUUGA